AUGAAUUUCGUGCGUUCUUCUAUACCCAAAGUGGAGCCUAUCAUCAACGCUGGAGUUGCGGGCAAAGGACCUGAAAAAAAAAACUCAUCACAUAACAGCGUAAAGUAUUUACCUGCAUCUAAAAAUGACUUCCCUAUCAUAAACUGGAUAAAUGCAGAUUGCUACGAUGAUAAAUUGUGUAAGAUGAAGAGAAAAACCGAGUCAGCGCAAGUUAAAAUAGCUAUCGAUAAUUUUGAAAAAUGUAUUGUCGAUGUGAGAAAUAACAUUGAUGACAUAAUAAAUGAAGCCAAAAGUAUUUGCACUGAACCCCAAGGCAACAAAAGGAGACGACGUAAUAAUAGCAGUCACGAUCACCCAGUUGCCGCAUUAGAAGUAUGCGACAAUAGAGAUAACAUGACGAAAAGUUUGUAA